AUGUGCUGCAGCAGCAGCAGCAGCAACAGAAGCAGCAAGCAUGUGCUGCAGCACAGCAGCAGCAGCAGCAGCAGCAAGCCCGUGCUGCAGCACAGCAGCAGCAGCAGCAGCAGCAGCAGCAAGCCCGUGCUGCAGCACAGCAGCAGCAGCAGCAACAGGAACAACAGCAGCAGCAACAGCAACAGGAACAACAGCAGCAGCAACAGCAGCAGCAGCAGCAGCAGCAGCAGACCUGUCCGAUGCUGGCAGCAGCAAACGGCUGUAAAUCAAAUUCGCGAAAGUGGCGCCGCCAAUCCGCCCCCAAUUCGCGUCUCAAUACCUGCAGCAGCAGCAGCAGCAGCAGCAGCAGCAGCAGCAGGAGCAGCAACAGCAGCAGAAGCAAGCGCAGCAACAACAGCAGCAAAAUUGGCUCAGCAGUGA